AUGGAGCAAAGCAAUCAAAAGUUCCAUCACCUCUCGGUGCUGUUAUUUAUGGUGGCCAAGCUGUGCUGUUUGCAGAUGUCCAUCGGAGCAACGCUUAGCCUCCUGCGGCAACCACAUGCUGCUAGUUGCGAUUGUCUGCAAAUGAGUGACCAUAACAACAAUAACGGAAGCUGGAACAUAUCGCCGGUUAAUGGGAGAAAAAAGGAUCCGGCUUUUUCAAUGGCGGAACACGAGGUUCCCAUUGGAUUUCUCGCAGGAUACGUGCACUCGAAGGUCAUUCUCGGAGCCCUGCUGUUGGCAAUCGAGACCAUCAACAACGAUACCGCGUUGCUUCCAGGAAGGAAAAUCAUACUCAAACCCGUAGACAUCGGAGCCCAAAAGUCUUUAAAGGCUUUUCCUAUCAGGAAAAUGACAGAGAUGCGUGAUGAAGGGAUUGUGGCAUUCAUUGGACCAGAUGAAACGUGCACUACUGAGGCAUUGGUUGCCUCUGCCUGGGAUAUUCCCAUGAUAUCGUAUAAAUGUGCCGAUGCUGCCGUUUCCGACAAAACCGUCUACAGCAGCUUCGCCAGGACUUUACCCCCGGCUACAAAGGUUUCCAAAAGUGUGGUUUCCCUGCUGAUGGCUUACAAUUGGCACUGUUUUUCCAUAGUGGCCGGUAAACAUCCCGCUUGGAGUAUGGAAAUUGCACAGGCCAUCAAGGUGCAAGCUGAGGGAAAUAAUUUAACUGUCAAUCACUUUCGCGAGUACUCCGAUUACAUACCGUCAAAAAUUUACAAAUUACAGAAUAUAGUUGACGAAACAUAUCUUACCACGAGAAUCUACAUUUUCGUCGGGGACUACAUCGAGAUGGUAGACUUUGUUCGCUGCCUUCAAAAUAGGAACCUUCUGAGCAGUGGUGACUACAUGGUGAUAUCAAUUGACGACGAGGUCUAUGAUCCGAACAUGAAACGUAAUAUUUAUCAAGAGUACUCGGAUUUCUAUCAAAAAUACAUUCGCAAUUCAAAGGAAAUGUUCUCCAACCGGAAGCGAUACAACUAUAAGGAUAUACAGGAACGACUGCAGGAAGCGUUCCUAUCGGUGCUACGCAUUUCACCACUUUUUCCGAUGAACCCUCAGUACAAAAAACUAUGUCAUCAAAUAAAGUGGUACGCAAGACAGGAGCCCUUCCGGGUACCGCUACCUACUAACCCGAAGAUAUUUCAGGAAAUUCAGGUACCGAUCUAUGCCGCCCAUCUUUACGACGCAGUGCUCAUCUAUGCCCGCGCUGCCACCGAAGUCAUCCAGGCUGGAGGCAACCUGCACGAUGGAAGACAAAUAAUGCGCCAUAUUUUAAACCGACCGUAUCAUUCGAUACAGGGAUUCGAUGUCCAUAUAGACGAAAACGGUGAUGCGGAAGGGAAUUUUUCAGUCAUCGCUCUGCAGAAAGAUGAGAUUGUGAAUAAUUCGCUCAACAAGUCGAUGCAACCCGUUGGGAUGUUCGUGUAUAGCAGCAACAGUACGCAUCUACCGGAGUUCAAGUAUAGUUCACAGCGGCCAAUAAUGUGGGUUAAAGGACGACCACCAUUGGCUGAGCCACCGUGUGGAUUCCAUAGCGAGAAAUGUCGCCUGAUAGCGCGCGACUGGCGGUACAUAAGCGGAAUAAUGAUGGGCACGCUAUUUAUCACCAUACUUGCUGUCAUACUCUUCAAACAUUAUCGAUACGAACAGACGUUGGCAUGUCUCUUGUGGAGGGUCGAAAUGAAAGACGUUACCAUUAUAAGCUCGCCCGAUUUGAUGUAUGGCAAUGAUACGAAAAAGAAGCUGACACAGGUUUGCAGGCAAAGUAUCCUGGCAGCCGGAGCAGACACAACCAAACGUGCCUUUACAAACAUCGGUCUCUUCCGUGGAAACAUAGUUGCCAUCAACUAUCUGCACAAGCGAUCGGUCGACAUAACGAGAACCAUUCGGAAGGAGUUGAAGCAGAUGCGAGAGCUACGGCAUGAAAAUCUGAUCACAUUUAUCGGCGCUUCGGUUGAUCAUGGCAUUGUUGCAAUACUGACGAGUUACUGUGCCCGCGGCAGCCUGGCCGAUGUGUUGGCCAACGAGGAUCUUACCCUGGAUCAUAUGUUCGUAUCGUCACUGGUUAGCGAUAUUGUGAAGGGACUAAUCUAUCUGCACGAUAGCGAUGUCGUAUCGCAUGGCAAUUUGCGGUCGAGCAAAAUCCUGAUUGAUUCGCGAUGGGUUGCCCAAAUCUCGGACUUUGGACUGCAUGAAUUCAAAUCUGGGCAGGAAGAACCCAAUAAAUUUGAAAAGGAACUACGCCGAAGUCUUUGGAAAGCACCAGAAAUCUUACGAAACCCGAACACUCCGAGCAAAGGAACCCAAAAAGGUGAUGUAUAUUCGUUUGGAAUAGUUCUGUACGAAAUUAUAGGCCGGAAAGGGCCCUGGGGAGACAUCAAUCUUAAUUACCAAGAAGUUAUUGCCCGGGUGAUUUCACCGCAGAACUACGGAAUAUUUCGACCUCCGCUGCGUGGUCUUGACGCUCCGAAUUACGUUAUUCAAUGUUUGCAAGCGUGCUGGGAGGAAGAACCAGAUGAUCGUCCUGAUAUCCGCUUGAUACGGGUCAAGCUGAAGCCAAUGCAGGCUGGAUUGAAACCCAAUAUAUUUGACAACAUGCUAGCGAUUAUGGAGAAGUAUGCAUACAACCUGGAAGGAAUCGUUCAGGAACGGACUAACCAAUUGACGGAGGAGAAGAAGAAAACUGAAUCCCUUCUUCUGAGAAUGCUACCAAGAAGCGUCGCCGAGUCCCUGAUGCGUGGAGAACGCGUCGAAGCGGAGUGUUUUGAUUGCGUCACAAUUUUCUUCAGCGAUCUAGUUGGGUUCACCGAGCUGUGUGUCCAAAGUACACCGUUCGAGGUAGUGGAAAUGCUUAAUGAUCUGUACACGUGUUGCGAUUUCAUCAUUUCCAGCUACGAUGUGUACAAAGUGGAAACAAUAGGUGAUGCAUACAUGGUUGUCUCUGGACUUCCGAUACGGAACGGAGAUCGUCAUGCUGGGGAAAUCGCUUCGCUGGCUUUGCACUUGCUGAAGUCACUUUCGAAUUUGGAAAUUCGGCAUCGUCCAGGGGAGUUUAUUCAGAUAAGGAUCGGCAUCCAUUCCGGACAGUGUGUUGCCGGUGUGGUUGGACUGAAGAUGCCUAGAUAUUGCCUCUUUGGAGAUACCGUGAAUACAGCUUCUAGAAUGGAAAGUACUGGGGAAUCAAUGAAGAUUCAUAUUUCAUCGGUUACUUAUAACCUAUUGAAGAAGAUCGGUGGCUACAGGUUCGAGGAACGAGGUGUAAUCAAAGUUAAGGGAAAAGGUGAUAUGCGGACGUUUUGGUUGGUUGGAGAGGAUGACCAAAAAAGAAUGGACAGAUUCGGAUCGAAUGAAGCUGUGAGAAAUAUGUCAUUAUCGAUUAUCCCAGAUUUGAUUUGCACUCCCGGUCAGUCUCAAGUCGAGCUACGUUAUACAUCCUCUCGACAACCUUUACAUACCUGCAGUGACCAGGAGCUGCCUGCAGGCAAUGUACCCGUGAACAUAGGUUGUUACAUCUGUCACAAGCGGAAAGUCUAUCAAAUGCCCAUGAUUCCACAUGCAUCAUCACAGAGUUAUUCGGUAAACGGAGCUGGUAACGCUGGAGACGAAGCCGUUUGCACCUGCCGCCGGCAGCACUGUCUGUUUGAUUAUUACAAUGAUAAUCUGAUGACCGUUAGAACCAUCCGGGAGCCGAGGUCGGCUCCACAAAUAACGUUUAUGCAGUGAACCACAGGACUGAUGAGUAAUCGUAGCAACGAACCGGUUUCAUACAAAUACUGAAUGCUAAACGUUAUACAAAUUUAUAUAAAA